AGAAAAUCUAGAUUCUAGAUCUAACAGUAACAGAAAACUAAAAACAAAUGUAAAUCAAGCGUAUUACUAUUAUUAGAAUCUAGAUCUAGUAUUAGACUAGAUCUUUAACUAAAGUAAAAUUAGCUUGAACUUUUAAAUUACUGGGAAAAAUUUCAUUUAAAACAUGGGUGUUCAUAAACUUUGGUCCUAUGUCAAGCAAAACAAGGCAGAGACUGUGGCUUAUGUUGAUCUGAUUGAACUAGCAAAAAGCUACCCGGAAAAGAUGAACAUACUAAUAGAUUUUUACUGCUUCGAACACUUUCUGACAGAAAAGUUUUUGGCAAGUCUAGGAAAUGUUAAUGACAUUGACAGUUUGAUCUACGCUGGAGGAGAGUAUAAGCUGAUGGACAGAACUUUAAGAUGUUUAAUACUGGAACUCAGAAGAGUUAAUAUUGAGCCAAUCUUCUAUCUUGAUGGAGCUAAAGGCAGUGCCGACAUUUCAACUAAACAAAAGAUGCAGACUUGGAAGAAUAGAUAUCUAGAUUCACAAAAAGGUCUUAAGAACGUUUUCUUUUACCUUAGGGGUGAGAGACCUUUGACUGAUGUUAACUUAAGUCGGUUAACUCGACCAUGUCUUCAAGAGAUGCAAAAUGUCCUAACGCUACAGGACUUAGGAUGUAAGAUGUUUCUCAGAGUAUCAGGUGAGGCAGACUACAUGAUAGCUAAAGACUUGAUGGAGAACCAGAAUGCCUUCUGUGUCCUCAGUAAUGAUACUGACUUUACCAUCUUCCCUGACAGUGUCCUCCUUCCGCAAGACAUGUUUGACCUGACUUUGCAACUUGGACAGGGACUCAGCUCCUUUGAGCCCAGAGUUCCAGAGAAUCUAAUCUGUGGCAUUAUUCGAACAGAAAACGUAAUGAAUCUGCUGAAGCUACCUGAUCACCGGUCACUGAUUGAGGUAGCCAUAAUAGGGGGAAAUGAUUUUACAAUGCCAAUACUGAGCAAGCACUCCACAUUUAUGUAUCACUACAAGGGCAAUUUCCAAAAUUUAUCUUCACUAAUAAAUCAAUCAGGCAGUAUUGAGAAAUGUGAUUUCUUUGGAGAGCUGAUGGUGAAAGAUGAGAAUUUCCGCAACGCAGUUCAGCACUCACGCCAGUUUUACUCCUUAUCACUUCCAGAUGAGGAGGAGCCUGAGAAGGGGUACUCCUUCAACGUAAUAGCUGACAACAUUAGGCUAGGGAAGCUUCCCAGCACCAUUGUGUCUAUGCAUCGUGGGAUAUAUUGGCACCGACAGAUAUUAGAAGAUCCUGGUCCAGAUAUGCCAGUAGCAGAGCAAGUUUUGGCACGAUUGCGUGCCUACAUAUACAAGAUCCUCUUACCCCAUGAUAAAAGCUAUGCUGUAGAGACUGGCCGCACUGUACGUAAACUACUUACAGAUGUGAAAGUUUUCAAAGCGACAGAUGACAGAAUCCCUUCCCUUGCUGAAGUGACCAAAAACACAUUUUCCAGUAAUCUCAAGUUGUUUGAGCUCAUUAUUCAGCAUCAAGAAUUCAACGAGAAUAAAUGUGAAUCCUACUUUAAGCAGUUUGGAAUUCAGCUUGGAUUUAUAGGACUACUUCUACGCUACUUUCUUUGCCUCAACUGGAAUCAGAACCUCUACAUUAGUCCCGAAGAGUUUUAUGUCCUUGUCGCCUGGAUUUUGGCUGAGCAUGAUACAUUUCACUAUUACAAGCUACGAAUGAAGCCCAGUCCUAGGUGUAUGACUAUGGCCAGUUGGUUUCAGGCACUGUACAGAAAUGCUUACGCUUUUCUGGGAAAUAUCUUAGACGUAUCUAAUGAAUUCCCUUCUCCUAGAGAUAUGUUCUCAUUUUCUACCUGGGUGGCGCUGUAUACAUCCUGCUUUCUUACACAUCCUAAUCCAACCUUUCGCCUCCCUUGUCCUCUUCAUGUUUCUGUUGAAGAGAUGUUAGCAGCUCGUCUCGUUGUGGUGGAAACAGUUCAAGAAUACAAAAACUUUGUGAAAAAAAUUAUUGAUGGGUUCUUUCCCUUGGACACACGCAUAUUACAAGAGGAUAGAAAAGUUUACUUGUAGAUAAUUCUUGGAGUAACUAAACAUUGACCUGUUGUAUGACCAUAUGUUAUGAAAGCUAAUUUUUCUUUGGCUUUGGACCCGAAGUAUUACAUUUUUACAAUUAUUUGUUGUUGAUACUUGUUCUCAUGAAGACAAUUAAAGUUUGUUUCUAAAUAUUUCAGUUUUUAAAAUGUGUAAAUGUCUAGGUCACUACUCCACAGUUCCUUAGAUAAAAUUAUGUUUUUAAUAACAUCAAAAGCUUUUCACAUAUUAGCUUUUUAAAUUAGGAAGUUCUUUUUUUAUUAUUAUUAUUAAAAUAGAACACAUUUAUAAAUAUAAUCACAAUAUCUUAUAAUUCUAAAAUUAAAUUGCUUGAAGUGACAUGGCUCACUGACACAUCUCUAUGAUUGACAGUUGUCACUGAAUGAUGGUCACUGAGUGACAGCUGUCACUGAAUGAUGGUCACUGUAACUGAUCAAAUUGGUGUUAUCUGAAGCAUUGAUUUGUGACUUGUGAAGUGUAUUGCAAACUAAGUUUCAACCAAGAGUUCCUUCUGAUCAGUUUGAGUUGGAAAGAAUCUAUGUUGUCAUAUGGAGAACUGCUGGUAGUAUGCAUUUCUUUUGUUUUAUCUUCAAUGAUCACAUCUAGGUUUUUGAAAAGGGCAUUAAUAGUUCAAGUACUGUUUGUCUUAUGGGUCAAGCCUAAUUAUAUAUAAAUAUAUAGUUAUAUAUAGUGAUAUAUAUAUAUAUAUCACUUUUAUAACAUAAUACCAAUUAAGAUCUGCUUUGCUUAUUUUUAACUUCAUUUCUUCUGUACAUUGGGUCUCAUUGAGAUAAUACAUUGAACCAGACCUGUGGUGCUAUGGAAUUAUUUCCUAAUGGUGUCUAAAAGGUGAUGUACAUAUACAUAUGUAACACCCUGUUUUGUUUUAUUUCUGUUGCAUACUUUUGUAGUUAUUUUACUUUUGUGAUAAUUAUUUUUAUGAAUUGAUUUGAUUCUACUGUUAAAAUAUUUUUAUAAAUUAAUCAUGUUGCUUUUUAUAAUCAGUAUACUAUUAUCAUAUUAACAAUUUGUUAAUGUGCCAUUAACUAAAAGCAACUGGUGCUUGAAAUUACUUUACAUAUGAAACAAGGGAGUUAAGCAAUCUUAACCAAAGCUUCAUAGAAGUUUUAUGAGUUAUUGUUCAUUACUAUCUACCAUUUGAUAAACUUAUUGUUUAAACUUUAAAAAAAACUUCAUUCACGCCUUACUGAUCAAUCAUUUCGUAAUAAAAACUGAUGUGACGUUC